AUGUCCAAGUACGAGUCCGAACCGAAGCCAGUGUUUGAAGGUGUCUCCAUCCAAGAUCUCGGAUCUGGACAUAAAUCGUCCCCGGGAAGCAGUGGCGAGUCCAAUGAUGACGACUUCGUCGUGGACGACAGUGUGCCUGCGCAGUAUCAUGGCACUAAAGAGGACAAACACGACAUGAGGGUGUUGGGCAAGAAGCAAGUCCUGCGCCGCCACUUCCAUUUCACCUCUAUGAUUGGGUUCUCCAGCACCGUUUUGGUCGCUUGGGAAGAGACUCCUGUCCUCGCGAUAUAUGCUUUAGACAAUGGCGGCACCGCGAUUAUCUUUUGGGGUAUAAUCGCUGCCAUUAUUGGGUGUAGUGCUAUAUACAUGUCGCUGGCUGAGAUGGCUUCUAUGUUUCCGACUGCCGGGGGACAGUAUCACUGGGUCUCCGAGCUCGCUCCACGUCGCUACCAGAAGGGUUUGUCGUACACUGUUGGGUGGUUGACAGCAAUGGGUUGGCAAGUGUGUCUCGCAAGCAUCUGCUUCCAAGCCGGCAUUGUAACACAAGGCCUCAUCCAACUCAACAAUCCCGACUAUGUCUUCCAUAACUGGCACGGGACACUACUGUCUAUGGCGUAUAUGGUCUUUGCCAGCGUCUUCAACACCGUCCUAGCCACGAAGCUUCCGUUGACAGAAGGUCUCAUGUUGAUUUUGCAUGUUGCUGGGCUAUUCGCCAUUAUCAUUCCGCUUUGGGUGAUGGCUCCCCGUGGUAAUGCCCACCAAGUCUUACUGGAGUUCAGUACGACUGGUGGCUGGUCGAAUCUUGGUCUGGCCUGCCUCAUUGGAUUGAACAAUCCAAUCAGUCUGCUCAUCGGGUACGACUGCACCGUCCACAUGUCCGAAGAAGUCAAGGACGCCGCCACAGUUGUACCGAGAGCAUUACUUUGGACCAUCGUCCCCAACGCUAUCAUGUGCCUUGUUAUGGGAACCACCUUCAUCUUCUGCCUUGGAGACAUCGACGACGUCUUAGCGAGUCCAACCGGCCAGCCUUUUAUUCAGGUCUUCAAAAAUGCCACGCAGAGUAAUGCAGGAACCACAAUCAUGACUUCGAUCAUCGUCAUCAUGCUCGUCUCCGCCACAAUUAGCGAAGUAGCAACAGCAUCGCGUCAGCUAUGGGCAUUCGCACGAGAUCGUGGAUUCCCAGCUUCCACCUGGCUCUCCCGCACGACUCCAGGCCUCAACAUCCCACUUAACGGCGUCCUUGUAACAGUCACCAUCAGCUGUCUCCUCUUCCUUAUCAACAUCGGGUCCGACGUAGCACUUAACGCCAUCGACUCCCUAGGCAUCGUCUCCCUCCUCUUCUCUUACUUGGUAACAAUCGGCUGUAUGGUAUGGCGUCGCCUCUGGGGACCUCCUUUGCCAUUAGCUCCAUGGUCGCUUGGCAAAUGGGGCCUGGCGGUCAAUGUGUUCUCGCUAUGCUUUCUGGUGGUGCCUUCGUUUUUCGCUUUCUGGCCUGUGGACGUGAAUCCGACACCCGAGGAAUUCAACUGGUCGCCUGUUAUGUUUGUGGGGAUUCUGUCGAUUACUGCUGUCUAUUACUUCGUCAAGGGUCGACAUGAGUACGAAGGACCAGUCGUGCUCGUGAAGAGACACUUGCAGUAG